GAUUGUGACUUUUAAAUAUCCGGAAUCAAAAUGGCGUCCGAUCAUGUGUUCAAACGUCCCGAGAGGCUUAUAAAAAAUGAAGCAAGCAUGGACAAAUGGCUCAAUUCAGAAGCCUAUUCCAAUUUCAUUGGUUGGAUAAAAAUCCUCUCAGAAUCAGUUAGAGGCAAGACUGUAUCCAGUGCUCCUCCAGGAUCUGAGGCUACGAAGAAAGUUCUCUCGGUAUUGGAUCAGCUGUCGGUGUGGGUGGAUGAGAUACCUGCUGUCGAUCAGCCUCAGAGAUUUGGAAACAUUGCUUUUCGCUCCUGGCUCGAUAAAGUGAAAGCUAAUGCCAGACAAUUAAUUGAGUCAAUACUACCUGAAGAUCUUAAAGGAGCCGCAGUAGAAUUAGAAGUCUAUUUCUUAGAGGGUUUUGGUAACUACACUAGGAUUGAUUAUGGCACUGGUCACGAGGCAAAGUUUAUGGCAUUUCUGUGCUGUUUGAUGCAGAUCCGUGCCAUACCAUUGGAAGACAAAGAAGCUGUUGUACUGAGGAUAGCAGUAAAGUACCUUGAUUUAAUGCGCAAAAUUCAAAAGGUCUAUCGAUUAGAGCCAGCUGGCAGCCAUGGAGUAUGGGGACUGGACGAUUAUCAGUUUAUACCUUUUAUAUGGGGAGCAGCCCAACUUAUUGGUCUGGAGGAUUUAUUGCACCCAAGGCAGAUCCCCGAUCCAAUCGUUGCUGAUAAAAAUAAAGAGGACUAUAUCUUCAUGUCUUGCCUUAACUACAUACAUGAAGUAAAGAAAGGUGUUUUUGCUGAGCAUUCUAAUGUACUCUGGGGCAUUAGCUCUUUAUCUGAAUGGAAUCGUGUCCAUUCUGGCCUACUUAAGAUGUACAAAGGAGAAGUGCUUGAUAAAUUCCCUGUUGCUCAGCAUUUUCCUUUUGGGACCAUCCUAAGCAUAGAGCCAGCCACUACUAAAUGAUAUCACCUUUUAUAUUGUGUGUAUGUGUUACAUAGACUUUUUCCAUGUGUCGAUCGUUGUUGACUUUAUCAUUUAUCUUUUUUUGUUAGCAAAUUUUCUUUUAAGAAAAAAGGUUGUAGUACCUCUUUUAAAAGUU